GAGCGCGGCCGCUCCGCGCCUGCGCAGGAGAGUCGGGAGGCUCGGGUUGCGGACCGGGCGCCAGCUCCUGUCAGUCGGUGGGUCGGUCCUCCCGCCGGCCCUCCCCCUCCGCGUCCUCCGGGGGAGGCGCGGCGGAGUCCGCCCCCGGGAUCCCCCCCGAUGGGGGAGAAGCGGCGACGGCGGCAGCGGAAUAACCGAGCCGGCGCGUGAGCGGCCCCGGGGCCCGGCUGCCCGCGGAGGCCAUGGGCGACCCAGCCCCCGCCCGCAGCCUGGACGACAUCGACCUGUCCGCCCUGCGGGACCCCGCUGGAAUCUUUGAACUGGUGGAGGUCGUGGGCAAUGGAACUUACGGGCAGGUGUACAAGGGUCGGCACGUCAAGACUGGGCAGCUGGCUGCCAUCAAGGUCAUGGACGUCACAGAGGACGAGGAGGAGGAGAUCAAGCAGGAGAUCAACAUGCUAAAGAAGUACUCUCACCACCGCAACAUCGCCACCUACUACGGGGCCUUCAUAAAGAAGAGCCCCCCCGGAAACGACGACCAGCUCUGGCUGGUGAUGGAGUUCUGCGGCGCUGGCUCCGUGACAGACCUGGUGAAGAACACAAAAGGGAACGCCCUGAAGGAGGACUGUAUCGCCUACAUCUGCAGGGAGAUCCUCCGGGGCCUAGCCCAUCUCCACGCCCACAAGGUGAUCCAUCGGGACAUCAAGGGGCAGAACGUGCUGCUGACAGAGAACGCCGAGGUCAAGCUGGUGGAUUUUGGGGUGAGUGCCCAGCUGGACCGUACUGUGGGCAGGCGGAACACUUUCAUCGGGACCCCCUACUGGAUGGCCCCGGAGGUCAUCGCCUGUGACGAGAACCCUGAUGCCACCUACGAUUACAGGAGUGACAUCUGGUCUCUAGGAAUCACAGCCAUCGAGAUGGCAGAGGGAGCCCCCCCUCUGUGUGACAUGCACCCCAUGCGAGCCCUCUUCCUCAUCCCACGGAACCCACCCCCCAGACUCAAGUCCAAGAAAUGGUCUAAGAAGUUCAUCGACUUCAUCGACACGUGUCUCAUCAAAACCUACCUGAGCCGUCCACCCACGGAACAGCUGCUCAAGUUCCCCUUCAUCCGUGACCAGCCCACAGAGCGCCAGGUCCGCAUCCAGCUCAAGGACCACAUCGACCGCUCCCGCAAGAAGCGAGGCGAGAAGGAGGAGACGGAGUAUGAGUACAGUGGCAGCGAGGAGGAAGACGACGGCCACGGAGAGGAGGGGGAGCCGAGCUCCAUCAUGAACGUGCCCGGGGAGUCCACCCUGCGCCGGGAGUUUCUCCGGCUCCAGCAGGAGAAUAAGAGCAACUCGGAGGCUCUGAAGCAGCAGCAGCAGCAGCAGCAGCAGCAGCAGCAGCAGCAGCAGCAGCGGGACCCCGAGGCGCACAUCAAGCAUCUCCUGCACCAGCGCCAGCGGCGCAUCGAGGAGCAGAAGGAGGAGCGGCGGCGCGUGGAGGAGCAACAGCGGCGGGAGCGGGAGCAGCGGAAGCUGCAGGAGAAGGAGGAGCGGCGGCUGGAGGACAUGCAGGCGCUGCGGCGGGAGGAGGAGCGGCGGCAGGCGGAGCGCGAGCAGGUACAGCGCCCGCCGCAAACACCCGGCCCUCCCUCGCCUCCCCCUGCGCCCGCCGCCUGCCUCCCUGCACCCGACACCUCUCCGCUUCUUUCCCGACCCCCCAGAUUCCCCCUAUCUUUUCCAGCUUCACUCUCUCUCUCUGUUUUCUCCCACCCUUCGACCCGCACCCCGGCUCCCUGCCCUCUUCCUGUCUCUGUGCCUUCAUUCCCCAUCUCUUCGCCCCAUCCUCGCGGCCUCACCCCUGCACCGCCGCUCGCGGGGCCCUGCACGCCCGCCUCCUCCUCAUUGCCUCCCCCCAACCCCGUCUGUCUUCUCUCUGAUUCUCCCCGCUUUCCUCUUCAUCCUCACCCCACCGAUCCCGCCUUCCCACGCCGCCGCCGCCGCCGCCCCCCACCCCCUCGCCUUUUCCUCCUCUCCCCCUGCCCUUUGCCCUCCCACCCCGCCCCCCCCCAGGAAUAUAUUCGUCACAGGCUAGAGGAGGAGCAGCGACAGCUCGAGAUCCUUCAGCAACAGCUGCUCCAGGAACAGGCCCUGCUGCUGGAGUACAAGCGGAAGCAGCUGGAGGAGCAGCGGCAGUCCGAGCGCCUGCAGAGGCAGCUGCAGCAGGAGCACGCCUACCUCAAGUCCCUGCAGCAGCAGCAGCAGCAGCAGCAGCAGCUGCAGAAGCAGCAGCAGCAGCAGGCCCCGCCCACAGACCGGAAGCCGCUGUAUCACUACGGCCGGGGCGUCGGUCCCGCGGACAAGCCCGCCUGGGCGCGCGAGGUGGAAGAGAGAACGAGGAUGAAUAAGCAGCAGAACUCUCCCCUGGCCAAAACCAAGCCCGGCGGCGCAGGGCCUGAGACCCCCGUCCCCCAGGCCUCCCCCGGGCCCGCGGGCCCCCUUUCCCAAACUCCUCCUAUGCAGAGGCCGGUGGAGCCCCAGGAGGGACCGCACAAGAGCCUGGUGGCACACCGGGUCCCACUGAAGCCAUAUGCAGCGCCCGUACCCCGAUCCCAGUCCCUGCAGGACCAGCCCACCCGAAACCUGGCUGCCUUCCCGGCCUCCCACGAGCCCGACCCUGCCGUCCCCACACCCACUGCCGCGCCCGGCACCCGAGGAGCGGUCAUCCGCCAGAAUUCAGAUCCCACCUCGGAAGGGCCUGGGCCCAGCCCGAACCCCCCAUCCUGGGUCCGGCCGGACACUGAGACCCCACCCAAGGUGCCUCAGAGGACCUCGUCCAUCGCCACUGCCCUUAACACCAGUGGGGCCGGAGGGGCCCGGCCGGCUCAGGCCGUCCGUGCCAGACCUCGCAGCAACUCCGCCUGGCAAAUCUAUCUGCAAAGGCGGGCCGAGCGGGGCUCCCCCAAGCCUCCGGGGCCCCCCGCUCAGCCCCCUGGUCCGCCCAACGCCUGUAGUAACCCCGACCUCAGGAGGAGCGACCCUGGCUGGGAACGCUCGGAAGGUGCCCUCCCCUCGCACGGGCACCUGCCCCAGGCUGGCUCGCUGGAGCGGAACCGCGUGGGAGCCUCCUCCAAGCUGGAUAGCUCCCCAGUGCUCUCCCCCGGGAACAAAGCCAAGCCUGAUGACCACCGCUCCCGGCCGGGCCGGCCCGCAAGCUAUAAGCGUGCCAUCGGCGAGGACUUCGUGCUCCUGAAGGAGCGGGCCCUGGACGAGGCCCCGCGGCCUCCCAAGAAGGCCAUGGACUACUCGUCUUCCAGCGAGGAGGUGGAAAGCAGCGAGGACGAGGAAGAAAGCAAUGGCGAGCCAUCAGAGGGGAGCAGAGAUACCCCUGGGGCCCGGCAGGACCUGGGGGCUGAUGGCCGUCCUCUCUCCUGUGGCAGCGACGGAGACACAGACAGCGUCAGCACCAUGGUGGUCCAUGACGUGGAGGAGAUCGCGGGGACCCAGACCCCCUAUGGGGGCGGCACCAUGGUGGUCCAGCGCACUCCUGAGGAGGAGCGCAGCCUGCUGCACGCGGACAGCAACGGCUACACAAACCUGCCCGAUGUGGUGCAGCCCAGCCACUCGCCCACCGAGAGCGGCAAAGGUCAAAGCCCCCCGUCCAAGGAGGGAGGCAGCGACUACCAGUCUCGUGGGCUGGUAAAGGCCCCUGGCAAGAGCUCGUUCACGAUGUUUGUGGACCUAGGGAUCUACCAGCCCGGAGGCAGUGGGGAUACCAUCCCCAUCACAGCCCUGGUCGGGGGAGAGGGCGGUCGGCUUGAUCAGCUCCAGUACGACGUGCGGAAAGGCUCCGUGGUCAACGUGAACCCCACCAACACCCGGGCCCACAGCGAGACCCCCGAGAUCCGGAAAUACAAGAAGCGAUUCAAUUCCGAGAUCCUCUGUGCGGCCCUUUGGGGCGUCAACCUGCUGGUGGGCACCGAGAACGGUCUGAUGCUGCUGGACCGCAGCGGGCAGGGCAAGGUGUACGGGCUCAUCGGGCGGCGGCGCUUCCAGCAAAUGGACGUGCUAGAGGGGCUCAACCUGCUCAUCACCAUCUCAGGGAAAAGGAACAAACUGCGGGUGUAUUACCUGUCCUGGCUCCGGAACAAGAUUCUGCACAACGAUCCGGAAGUGGAGAAGAAGCAGGGCUGGACCACUGUGGGCGACAUGGAGGGCUGCGGGCACUACCGCGUGGUGAAAUACGAGCGCAUUAAGUUCCUGGUCAUCGCCCUGAAGAGCUCCGUGGAGGUGUAUGCCUGGGCCCCCAAGCCCUACCACAAGUUCAUGGCCUUCAAGUCCUUCGCCGACCUCCCUCACCGCCCUCUGCUGGUCGACCUGACCGUGGAGGAGGGUCAGCGGCUCAAGGUCAUCUACGGCUCCAGUGCCGGUUUCCACGCCGUGGAUGUCGACUCGGGGAACAGCUACGACAUCUACAUCCCCGUGCAUAUCCAGAGCCAGAUCACGCCCCACGCCAUCAUCUUCCUCCCCAACACGGACGGCAUGGAGAUGCUCCUGUGCUACGAGGACGAGGGCGUGUACGUGAACACGUACGGGCGCAUCAUCAAGGACGUGGUGCUGCAGUGGGGAGAGAUGCCCACCUCUGUGGCCUACAUCUGCUCCAACCAGAUCAUGGGCUGGGGCGAGAAAGCCAUUGAGAUCCGCUCCGUGGAGACGGGCCACCUGGACGGCGUCUUCAUGCACAAACGAGCCCAGAGGCUUAAGUUCCUGUGUGAGCGGAACGACAAGGUGUUCUUUGCCUCUGUCCGCUCCGGGGGCAGCAGCCAGGUUUACUUCAUGACCCUGAAUCGGAACUGCAUCAUGAACUGGUGACGGGGCCCGGGCUGGGGCUGCCCCAGUGGACCCGGCUCUCGCCACCACAGCCAGACUCCCCAGGCCUCCCUUCUUUCCCCUCCCUGGGCUUUUGCUUUUUACUGGUUUGAUUCACUGGAGCCUGCUGGGAACGUGACCUCUGACCCCUGAUGCUUUUGUGAUCACGUGACCACCCUCUUUCCCGAUAGGUUCUCCCCCAAAACCUGUGCCUGUCCCAGCUUCUGGGGAGAGGCACAGCUUCCCCUCACCAGGAAUUGAGUGGGCCUAGCCCCACCCCCCCUUUUCUCCAUUUCAGAGGAGAGCGCUGGGGGUGGGGGGGGGUUGCUCAGGCCCGGUCCCCCACUGCUGCUGACUGGGCAGGGCCCUGGGCCCCUUCAUUUGCACGUCAGGGGAGCCGGCUCCCCCCUUGAAUGUACCAGACCCUGGGGGGGGUCGCUGGGCCCUAGGUUUGGGGGGGGGGGGUCACCAGCCACUCCAGGGGCAGGGACCAUUUCCUCAUUUUCUGAAAGCACUUUAAUGAUUCCCCUCCCCCCAAACCCCAGGGAAUGGAGGGGGGACCCCGCCAGCCAAAACAUUUCCCCCUUUCCGACCCCAUUUCUUUCUAGCCUCUGUCCUUCCCUGGUGGCGGGAGGGAGCAGGGAGCUCUCACCCCCUCUGCACCCCCUUGCUUGCCUCUGUAUAUAGUGUGAGCAGCAAGUAGCCCCGCCCCCCCCCUCAAUGUAGUGGCCUUGGAUAUUCCGUUUGUUAAUAAAGACAAUUCAACCAGC